UGGACAGCUGUCAUGACAAUGGCAACAUUGUCAAGUAGGUGAAAAAAAAAACAAAUUGCUGUUCUCGCACGCACGUCGUCACCGGGCAUUCAAUUCCGUCAAGGAUGUCUUCAGCGGAAUUGGCAGCAAAAGAAGACGCCGACAUGGCAGAAUGUGACGAAGACAAAGUAGUAACUAUGAUGGACGUUUUGCAAGAACAAGAGGAUUUUGAAGAAGACGCUAACGCUGUUCUGGGGGCUUCAGAUGAGAAAAAUUGCACCUUUCCCAAGGGAUACAUCAAGCGUCAAGCAGUAUAUGCUUGUUUGACAUGCUGUCCUGAUGCCAAAACAGAUCCAGGGAAGAGAGCCGGCGUCUGCCUUGCCUGCAGUCUGUCUUGUCAUGAAAACCAUGAGCUUGUGGAGCUCUAUACCAAGAGAAACUUUUGCUGUGACUGUGGCAACUCCAAGUUUAAUUCUCAUCCAUGCCAGUUUACGGCCAACAAACCUGACUUAAAUGAUAACAAUAGUUAUAACCAAAAUUUCAGUGGCUUGUACUGUAUUUGCCACCGGCCUUACCCCGAUCCAGAAGCCACCUUUGAAGAUGAGAUGAUACAAUGUGUGAUAUGUGAAGAUUGGCUACAUGCAUCACACUUAGAAGCAAAAGUUCCACCAAAUGAACAGUAUUCCGAGAUGAUCUGUAAGGGUUGUAUGGAAAAGAAUGAAUUUCUCUAUGAUUACAGUGAUCUUGCUGUAAAUUGUGAGAGUGAGGAUGUAGAUAUCACCACAGUAAAUGAAAAAGUUAAUGGAGUUUGCAAUGGUGAUGCUGAGAAACGUGACCUUGAAACUGACACUAAACAGGAAAAUGGUGAUAUUGACAAGUUUAAUGUUCCUACAAACAUUUCUGAUGAACAAGAUAAAGUAGAAGAUACUGACAAUGAGAUCACAAAAGAUAAAUCUGGUACAAACACAGGUGUAGGAUCAACAGAGAAUGAUCAAAUGGAAACUAAUGAAAAUCAAAAUAAAGAAAAAUCUGACGAAAAUUUGCAGGCUGAGCAGAACGAUUCUGAUAAUACUCCUAGUCAUGAUAAUUCCACAGUAACUGAUACAGCUGAAAUGGAAAUUAGUGAAAGCAAAGGUGAUGCAACUACAGAUAACAAUGUAGAAUCGAAACCCGAAGAACAGUUAUCCGAAAGUGGUGAAGACAAAGCUACUGAUGAACAAAAUAACAGUAUUUCUGAUGAUAAAUUAGAUAGUAAAAAUGAAAUCACAAAUAGUGAUGAGAAAAUUGAAACAGCAAUAGAGGGAGACAAAGUUGACGAUACUCAAGAUGUAAAUAGCACUGCAGAAGUAACCAAGGAUGAAGAAAAGAAUACCUCACCAUCUGAUAAUGAAUCCAAUGAAAAAUUAGAGAAAUCAGAUAAACAAGAAGAAAGCUUACAGAAAGAUGAUCUUAUGGAAAGUAUUGACAGAUUAAUUAAUGGUGAUGAUGAUGACUCAAGUAAAGUCGAAACAACUGGUCAAGAAAAAUCUUCAAAUGACGAGAAUACUGAAAAUGCAAGAACUCUUGCUGUUAAGUCUAGUUCUGAAGUGGAAGAAGAAGUUACAGAUGGUAUUGAAAACAAAGAUAAUAAUUUGAAUGGUGAAAAUUCUGACAAAAUGGAACCUCAGGCUGACAUGGACAUGGAGGAAAGCAUUUCUAAUAAAGAUGAUAGAACAAAAUCAAAUGACACAGAGAUUGAAUCUAUUAAAGACAAUAAGAGAAAGUUACAUGAUGAUACAAUAGACAAGACUGAUGUAAAGAAGCCGAAAUUAAAUGACUGUAAAAGACCGACUGGAGUCAGAACGCGUCCAAAAGGAGCAUUGUUCUGGCCAUGCAACUUACGUGAAAAACUUUGCACUUGUAAUGAAUGUCUCACUAUGUACAAAGACCUGUCUGUGCUAUUUCUAAUAGAUUUAGAAGACACAGUUAGUGCGUAUGAGACAUUAGGAAAGGAAAAGAAUGAUGGUAGAAGCUCCCAGUAUGAAAUAGGCUUGCAAGCUUUGUCAUCUCUUGACAGGAUACAACAAAUAAAUGCUUUAACAGAAUACAACAAAAUGAGAGACAAAUUGUUGGAUUUCUUGAAGAGUUUCAAAGAUAGGAAGGAGAUUGUUAAGGAGGAAGACAUAAAGGCUUUCUUUGCGGGCAUGAAGCCGAAACGCGAACCAGACGGCGUAUAUUUCUGCAGAUAAUUAAAAUUAGCUUUAAGGACUCAUAUUUUUAUAUCCAGUGAUUUUAUGGCAUUCUUAGUAUUGACAUUCUCAUUCCUUUUUAUUAAUUUUAAUUGCGAAAACUAAUUAUACGCAGAUCCGUCUUAUAGUA